UCAUGAUUUGGGUUUUGAAAUGAAUUCUGAUAUUAUAUAAAUUGGAUUUCGGGAGAACAGAAAGACUUACCGAAUAUACGAGUUAACAUAGUACGAGUUGUUUAGAAUAAUAUAUGAUCGAUCGAGUUAUCUUUCUUUUCGAUUUCCGGCUUAUCUCCUUAGCAACGAAGACUCAUAUGACAGCCAUAACAGCAGGUUCUCGUUGACAAACAAGAAAGAAAAGAUGCCGCGCCCACGCUCUGCCCGCUCGGACACCAGCGAUGCUGACAUGGAGGGACUCCAGGAACAGGAGCUGGUCAAGCUCCAGAGGCAGUACCGCCUGAUGGAGGGGGACCGAGCUGCCUAUACAGAGGAGUCACAGAACAUCAUCAGGAAACAAAAAACUGAGGUAGCCCAGCUUGAAGCAGAGAAACAAGAACUCUUAAAGGAGUUAAGAUUGGCAGAGAGCAGAUCUAACCAGAACUUGGAUGAAACAAACACAGACACACUGGUGGUUCUAGCAGAGGCUAAAGAGGAUUAUGAAACUGAGAUAAAUGAAGAGAAACAAGCCCACAAUGAUCUAGAUGCCCAAAUUCGUGAGUGGGAGAAGAAGAUUCGAAAUCAGAACAAGAACAUGGGAGGGGUUCACAUGAGUUCCCAACACACUGUUCAGACACAGAAGUCCAUCAGAACAUUGGAAAACAGACUGGAUCAGUCCAAGAAACAAUUUAACGCCAUCCUGACCCAGAACUCUGUGUACAGAGAAGAAAUAGAGAGCUUAAGAGUGGAAAGAAACAGAUUUGACAAUCUAUAUCGAAAAUUAGACAAGGAAUUGUCCAAUCUGCGAAAAGAGAAAGGCGAGCUGAUUGAGAAAUCCACUCAGUCCUAUGAUGCCAGGGAUGAGGCCCAAGCAAAGAUGAUUCUUUUGAAAGAGAGGGCAGACAAAGACCAACAACAGCAUAAUGCUGAGAUGAAGGAGCUGUUGAGAAUUAUUGACCAUGAAAGGAACCUGAGGGAAUUCAUGGGAAUCAAAGGUCAGGAGAGAGUGGACGACCCACAGCUGGUGGCCUGGAGACAGAAGAAAGAGGCCCAGGAAGCAGAGCGUAAGAAGGAGAGCCAGGAAGAUUCUGUGGAAACAUAUGAGGCAGCCUUUGAGAGGAUCAAGGAAAUGACUGGAGAGGAGGAUCUUGACUUGCUGGUGGAGAGGUUCAUCGAAACAGAGGACAAGAACUUUGCUUUGUUCAACUUUGUCAAUGAACAAAAUAAUGAAAUUGAAUUGCUUCAUGAACACAUUGAUGAGAAAAAUAAUGAAAUUGAGAAAUUCAAAUUACAAGGCAUUGAACUUGAAGACCAAAGAAAGAAAAUUCUCAAAGAACUGGAGGAACAACAACUGGUUUGUUCUCAGGAAGCUGAUGAAUACUCCAAAAAGAACAAGGAAAUCUCCAAAAUUCUUGAUCAGCUUAGAGCGGGUAUUGAUUCGUUGUUCAAUAAAAUUAACUGUGAUAGAGCGGUAAUUGACGAUAUGUUGGGUGCCCAGUCAGGCGUAACGGACAGUAACAUGAUUCAGUAUCUGGGAAUAAUUGAACAGAGGACAAAUGAACUGCUGGCAGUACAGAGUUAUGUCAAUACCAAGGAUGAGGAUCGAUAUCCCCAGAAGCCUCCUAGUCUACUAGGGGGAGGGCCUGGGGCACCUGCACAACAAUGGCCCAUUCAUCCGCCCGGCUUUGGGGAUGAAUACGACAGCGAAGGCAGCGAGGCAAGUGAUGAUGAGGCGAGGCCACUGACGCGGAACGAACUUCAGAACAAAGUGAUGAAGACUGUCCGGAAACGGGAAUCUGCCGCCAAAAAGGACGGCUUCAAGUACGACCUAUCGAACGCGCGCGAAAUGCAGAAGAAUAAAAAAGACAAAAAGUGAUAAAAUUUGUACGCAUUCUUUGUGUAUAAGAACCGUACUGGGACGGAAUACCUGGAGUGAAAUGUCAGGACUCACGAUAAGAACGAAUAGCUGUAACAUUUGGCUCUGUCGCCAAAUUUUUUAUACAAACUCUUGUUUCACUUUUGUGUAUACAAUGUAAGUAUAACUCCAGUCUAUUGAUGUUCAAUUUUGAAAAGAAAAAAAAAUUGAAUGUAUUAUACAUAACUGCAUUGUAUUUUUAUAUGUACAAAUAAAUCGUUGAUUUUGAUUA